GUGAGCAUAUAAGAAUUGUGGACAUUUCUCUCUCUCUCUAAGAAACAUAUCGAUAUGGAGGCCCAACUUAUUCAUGGCCAAGGAAGCCAUUUCCUUAGUAGGAAAAUAAAGAAAACCCGGAUUCCAGUUCUUUGUGUAUUGGCGAAGCCAAAUGAAGGAGAAAUAGCCAUGGCAAGAACCUGCAACUCAAAGAUAAACAACCAUGGUAGAAUUGUAUACAAAGACAAUUUCCUUGAACGUUUCGCCAUUAACCAUCUCUCUCUCUCCGUCCAGUCUGCAACAGGAUUUAAAGUAAAUAAAGAAGGAUACGAAGGGCUUGUAGAGGCAGCCAAGACUACGUCGGUUAACUUCAACCCAACCCAACAACAUGACCUGGUGUUAGAUGCUCUUGAUAAGGCGAUUCCUAAAUUUGUUACAUUGAUGAUAAGAACAGUUCUAAGAGAUACCAAAUUUUCAAGGGAACUAUUUUCUGCCAUUACAGCUGUUUGUUUCACUUGGCUAAUAGGGCAUUGUGAGGUGAGAGAAUCAGAGAUGAACAAUGGAAAAGAGAAGAAUGUAGUCCACAUUAAAAAGUGCAGGUUCUUGGAGGAGUCUAAUUGUGUGGGGAUGUGCACAAACCUUUGUAAAAUGCCAAGUCAAACAUUCAUCAAAGACUCAUUCGGGUUGUCGGUAAAUAUGGUCCCAAACUUUGAUGAUAUGAGUUGUCAAAUGAUAUUUGGCCAGGAGCCUCCCUCAAGAAUCGAUGAUCCUGCUUUUAAAGAACCGUGCUUCGCUCUCUGCAAAACAAAGCAAAAACACAGAAUAACAACAUGCCCUGCUUCAAAUCUGUCAAACUGAGGAGAAGAAAUUCAAGAAUCAAAAGAAAGGUUUUCAGCUUCAAAUGAUAAAGGAAAGUUUGCUUUCAAGUUUUACAAGAGGAUGCAGCAGGCUGCCAUGAAAACAGAGGACUAGGGAAACCUACUGUUUUGGUGUUUUUGAAUGUAAUUUGUAUUUCAAAUGCAAAUAAGGCCCAAUCUAGGCUCAUUAAUCAAUCUUAACAUCAAGUAAAAUGUUUACCAUCUAGUUCAACAACAAUAUCAAGUUCUAAUAUAAUACAAUAAGACCAUUUGAUUUUCCA